UUUCGACACCGAGCGGGAGUUGAGGGCAGCCGCUGUGGUGAAAGGCGGGAAAGGGCAGGCCGGUUAGCAAGCGGACGGGCCAACCGGACAGCCAGCCAACAGCAAAGAACUAACCUAGCAAUCUACCGCUUAACACAUCUAACUAACCGCCCACCAAGUUAACCCGAGCCCCUCCACCGUCAACUCAAGUUCGGCCGGCCCCCGGCCCGCCUGCCGCAGCCGUGGUGGCAGCCCCGGGAGGAGCACUGGCGUCCGUUUCCUUCGAUUCUCGGGAUUUGAAGAUGGCUGCACAGUCAGCGCCGAAAGUUGUGCUAAAAAGCACCACCAAGAUGUCUCUAAAUGAGCGCUUUACUAAUAUGCUGAAGAACAAACAGCCGAUGCCAGUGAAUAUUCGGGCUUCGAUGCAGCAACAACAGCAGCUAGCCAGUGCCAGAAACAGAAGACUGGCCCAGCAGAUGGAGAAUAGACCCUCUGUCCAGGCAGCAUUAAAACUUAAGCAGAGCUUAAAGCAGCGCCUGGGUAAGAGUAACAUCCAGGCACGGUUAGGCCGACCAAUAGGGGCCCUGGCCAGGGGAGCAAUUGGAGGACGAGGCCUGCCCAUUAUCCAGAGAGGCUUGUCCAGAGGAGGACUUCGUGGGGGACGUGCCACAAGAACCCUACUUAGGGGCGGGAUGUCGCUCCGAGGUCGGGGUAUGAUAGGUCGGGGAAGAGGGGGCUUUGGAGGCAGAGGACGAGGCCGUGGACGAGGGAGAGGUGCCCUUGCUCGCCCUGUACUGACCAAGGAGCAGCUGGACAACCAACUGGGUGCAUACAUGUCAAAAACGAAAGGACACCUGGAUGCUGAGUUGGAUGCCUACAUGGCUCAGACAGAUCCCGAAACCAAUGAUUGAAGCCUGCCCACCCUCCUGUGAGACUCUUGUUAAAGUCACACAUCUGUAAAUAACCUUGAGAUAACAGAUGAGAAGAAACUUGAUUGAUGCUGGAAGGACCUACCAUAAUAGGCUAUGGACUGACUCGCCACCAGUUUGUGCAUUUAGUGUGUUCCUUUUACUUUUUGAUACUGUGUUGUAUGAAACCCUUUUUUCCUCUGACUUGGGUUUUGUUUUGUUGUCGUUUGGGGUUUUUUUUUCCUUCGCCCAGACUUCUCUUUGAACAUGAAUGUGUUGGCCUUGUGGCUAGUACACCCUCUUCCCCGCUCUGCCUUCCCUCACUUGUCAUAUGCUUUGGCAUUCUGACAUUUCCUCUGUUCAUCUCCCGUGAAAAAGUCCCAGAAAGAGCCCAUCAAUGUCCCUCCUUAAUAUCUAGGUUUCUGAGAUACAGUUCUGUUCUGCAUCAUCUUUAAAGAGCCUCUUAAAAGUGUUUAGAAAAUGUGGAGCUCAAAAAUGCAUUCUGCCACGCUGAUGUUUUAGUAAAGUAAAUUAGGAACUUAGACAUAGCUACAGGGCCACCUAACAAGUUACACACGGUAGCAGCUCUGAUUUGAUUAAAGUUAUUACCAUGUACAUUUA